AUGAUUAAUUUGAGAAUUUUUUCUUGUGGUGGGAUAAUUAAAAAAAAUAAUAAAAUAAUAUUAAUAAAAACCAACUUUAACUAUUUUAGUACAUUAAAAAAUUAUGAAAAUUAUUAUAAAUUUAUACUAUCGUCUAACAAAAUUUGUAUAGGAUCUAAUAGAACUUUUUUUAACCAAAAUGUAAAUAACAAAACUGUAAGUAAAAUUAUAGAUAACUAUACCAUAUAUAAUAAAAAAAAGUUACUGGAAAAGUAUGCAAAUUUUAAUUCUUUUUCCAAAAAUGAAUACAAUGAUACAAAUUUAUUUCGUAAUUUAAAAAGAAAAGGAGAAGUGAAAAAAAACAAUGAAAAUGAAAAUGAAAAUGAUAACGAUAAUAAUAAUAUGAAUAUAAAUACAAAAAAAAAUGAUGUAAAUUAUGAUAAUAAAUAUUUAAAAAUGGAUGAUAAUAUUACUUACGACAAAAGUAGACAAGAAAAAAGAAACAGAAUUUUCAAAAGAAAUUAUUUAAAAAAUAUGCAUUCUUUGCUAUUAACUAAAAAAAUUAAAGAAGCCUUAAAUGGUUUGAAAAGUAAGCAUAGUUAUAGAAUAUUAAUGAAAAGAAUAAAAACAGAAAAAAAAAAAAUAAAUUAUGUUUUAAUAAAAUAUCAAUUAAAAAAGGAUAACUUAAAAAUUAAUUUCAAUGAGCAUAUAUACAGAAGAGCAAUAAUUAACACAAAAACUAAAAUAUUUACUUUUCUAAAAAGAAAUAAUAAUAAAUCAUUGAUGGAUAUAUAUUAUGAAGAAAAAAAAAAAUAUAAAUUAAGAAAACAAAAAUUAUACGAAUUACAAGAGAAGUUUAUCAAAAAUUCUAAAAUAGCCCAAUCAAGUAUUAAAAAAUUUUUUAAAAAAUACGGAUAUGUUGGCUUAGCAACAUAUUUUAUUAUAUUUUUAAUAACUUUUUGUUCUUCUUAUUUUUUUGUCCAUUAUAAGUAUAUAUCUUUAUCUGAUUUAAAGUAUAUAUCAGAAAAAAUGCAUCUAAAUAAAUAUAUUGAUGAAGAUUUACAUAAAAAAAUUGAUUCUUUAUGGGGAGAAUUAUUAUUUGCAUAUAUAGCUUCAAAAAUAUCAGAACCAUUAAGAAUAGUUAUUACAAUUCUUAUUACUCCAUAUAUUGCAAAAGUUAUAAAAUUAAAAAAAAAAAGUAGAAUACUUUAA